CAGUGUCAGCGGACAACCAGAACAGAACCACAGUUCCCAGAGUUCCCAGCAGAGUAUCGGCGCGUGCGAAGGGCCGGAGAGUCCGGUGGGAAAAUGACGGAGACGUACGACUAUCUGUUCAAUCUGCUCCUGAUCGGUGACAGCGGAGUGGGGAAGACGUGCCUGCUGUUCCGGUUCAGCGAGGACGCCUUCAACACUACCUUCAUCUCCACCAUCGCAAUCGACUUUAAAAUGAAAAUUAUCGAACUGGACGGAAAGAAAAUCAAACUCCAGCUCUGGGACACAGCGGGCCAGGAGCGGUUCAGGAUGAUCACCUCGGCCUAUUACAGAGGAGCCAUGGGCAUCAUACUGGUGUAUGACAUCACCAACAGGAAAUCCUUCGACAACAUCAAGAACUGGAUACGCAACAUCGAGGAGCAUGCGCCCCCAGAUGUGGAGAUGAUGAUUCUGGGUAAUAAAUGUGACAUGAACGACCAGAGACAGGUGUCCAAGGAGAGAGGAGAGAAUCUCGCCAUCGAUUACGGGAUCAAGUUCCUGGAAACCAGCGCCAAGGGCAACAUCAACGUGGAGGAGGGAUUUUCCACUCUGGGAAGAGACAUCAUGACUGAAUUUAACAGGAAGAUGAAUGACAGCAGCCUAUUGGUCGGAGGAAGAGGAGGAAGAGGAGGAGGAGGAGGAGGAGGAGGAAGAAGAAGAGGAAGAAGAGGAGGAGGAGGAGGAGGAGGGCAGGUUAAAACCAUAGAGUUUUACUGCAAGAAGUAUUUCAGCUGUUGUUCUCUGCUGUGAUUUCUGCUUCAGAAGCUUCCGGAACAUUUCUACUUCCUGUCACCUUCUUCUGAAGAGAUCUCUGUUUUAUCUGUAAAGUUUUUUAUCUUCAUUUAAAUUUGAAAUCCAAACAGAGAAAUCUGAAACUGUUGAACCAAAGACUGAACAAUCUCACAGAUAGUAUGUAGAUUAUAUAACAUAUAUCUCUGUAAUCUGUUACGUUAUACACACAUUUAUAUUUAAAACAUGCUCUGUUACUUACAUUAAUUAAGUUUCAAGUUUAUUUCAUUCAUAAAGCACUUUAAAAUCUGAUAGAUUUUUGCACCAAAGUGCUUCACAAAGACAGAAACAUUUGUUUGUUUUUAAUCAAAUAAAUGAAGUUUUUAUCUCUUUGUUGCUUUAACUUGAAACCACUUGAAGGAAAAAUACUUUUUUAAAAAAAGUUAAUUUUUUUUUUUUAAUUUUUUGGGAAUUUGUUUGAAUUC